AUGCGGCGCUCGUGGGCGGUGCGUUCCCUGCGAAGGACGGCGUUACUGUCCUCCUUUCGCGUCUCCAACUCGGUGAGUGAGGAGAAGGCGAAGUGGGAGCAGAAGAAAAAAGAGGCAGGCGAGAAAGGGUUCGCCCGUCGUGACGGCGUCGACGACAGGAUACUCAUGAGUCAGUUGUUCGAGGCCCCCGAGAGCAUCAGCGGCGGCGUCGCGGUGGCCAACCUCCCGCCGAAACAGCGUGAGACAACUGAUUUCGACGCAUACCAACUCUCAACCACCGACUUCACUUCUCUCGUCACGCCGCACGGAGCGCCAAGCAAAAGUGGUCUUGGCGCCGGCUUUGGCGUAAAGGAGGAUAAGCGACUCGGGUUCCUGCGGCCAAGGCACCCGUUGCAACCGUACGCCGGGUCCACCUCCAUUGUGCCCAAGUUCGACGAAAAUGGUCUGCCCAUUGACGAGACGCUCACCCCUGAGCAGAUAAUACAGAAACGAAAGGAGUACAUGAAGAGCUACGAGGGCACCAACAUGAGCGCCAGGGAACACUUUUUACUGGUGGAUCUUGACUUCCAAAAGGAUGCAAUGCUCUUUGGCAACACUCGCGAGGAGUUUGAGCGCAAUGUGACGAAGCUCAAGAACGUCAUUAUCGCCUACAACAAGUGGGAGUGGACAGACAACUUCUACUACUAUACGACGGUGCUUCUCAAGCUGCUAACGGUAUGGGUGCUCAUGGAGUGCCUCCAGCAGUUCUACGAGCUGCGCCUCUUCGCCUCGUACUACGACGACUUUGUCGAAGCAAUGGAAGCAGAGAUGGCCGCGCUCGAGCUGAAGCGCAAGGCCGACCUUGCAGAUGCCGCGGAAGAGCUGCGCCGUCACAAGCCGGACUUCAAACCCGUACUGGAUGCCAUUGCGCGUGAGCGCGACCAUCUCGCCGAUGUGGAGACGAGGGCAGCAGAGGAGGCGCUGCGUAAACAAGAAGCGGAGUCGGAGGAGCAGGCAAAGUACAGUGCAGGCGGACUAGGUGAUUUGGUGUGGGAGGCGUUGAGGGUGAACAAGGGCUGCGCAUCGACGGAGGCGGAGCCGGCCGCCAACCUGUCGGCCCUCGAUAUCAAGAACCCCAGCGCCUCACACCCGAUGGACACGACAUUUGAGGAGCGCCACAAUAAGCAGCGGCGCGAGGCCGACGAGGCGCGUGAGAUGCGCCGCCUGGCCGCGCUCAGUCGAGGCUCCGCUCACGAUAACGUCUGGUCCCAUGUCUGGAAUCGCAUUUGCGGGAUUUUUCAUGCCCAGCGGCGCCUGCGUCGUGAGGAGUUGGUGCAGUACUCGUACGCGGGGUCCCCCACCAGUAUACCUUCCAUGCGUGCACUGCGCCGCAUUCUGCUGCCACGCUCCGAGGAUGUGGUGCAAAUUGUGCGGGAAGAAAUGGUGGCCUACAAGCAGGAGAAAGAGCGGCAGUACGCGCACCCGCUCUAG